AUGGCUGCAAUAGUAAAACUUGUUCCCGGGAAGUGUUCGCAGGACGCGCUAGGCACGAAUCGGAAGAAGUUCGAUACUGAAUGUCUCAUUUUAUCGGAUAAAUUGGAUAGCAAAGCAGAGUUACGGAAAAGUAUGAUGGCGUGUUCUUACCUGAGUACUACAGGCAUGUCGUCGGAGGCGUCGGGAGCUGCUUGCUGGACACCACCCGCAAUGGGGUGUAUGGCUCCAGAAAUGGAGGGGCCAUCGAGCAUGCAGCCACCGAUGUAUCUUCGUCCGCAAACUGUUCCAUUGAGCUUGCCACCCGCGCCGUUGACGCUGUGUCCUGGUCCCUCGCAAGAGCCCGCUCUGGACCUUUCAACGUCUACAGCUCUCAAGUCCCGUCUACCGUCUCCGCCAAGUGACGACGAGGCAGAGUGA